AUGGAGAAAUUAGCACUCGCUCUCAUCAUGGCCUCGAGGAAACUGAGACCAUACUUCCAAGCCCACUCAAUUGAAGUUCUCACCAACUUCCUAUUGAAGCAACUGCUGCAGAGAACAGAUGCAUCAGGACGCCUACUAAAAUGGGUGAUCGAGCUUAGUGAGUUCGACAUACUAUUCCGACCUCGACAUGCCAUCAAGGGCCAAGACCUUACAGAUUUUGUGGUUGAGUUUGCCAAAGCUCCAAAAAUGGAGGCGACAAUGGAACCAGCCGAGCUCCCAACGUGGAAACUGUUCGUAGAUGGAUCUUUAGGAGAGGUCAGAUCCAGGAUAGGGAUCGUCUUGGAAAGUCCCGAAGGCCACAAGCUAAAUUGCGCAGUAAGGUUCAGCUUCCAAGCCUCGAACAAUGUCGCUGAAUAUGAGGCCCUUCUAGCAGGUCUUAGACUGAUAAGGGAAAUGCAGGUCAAAAGGCUCCUAGCGAGCAGCGAUUAUCAACUUGUGGUGAGUCAAGUCAAUGGAAACUUCGCGGCGAAAGACAGUAACAUGGUUGCAUACUUGAAAUUGGUUAUGAACCUAGUUCCCCAUUUUGAAAGGUUCGAGCUGAUUCAAGUCCCACGUCUAGAGAAUACUCAUGCAGACGCCUUGUCAAAACUGGCUAGCAGGAAGGAUUCAGAGCUACUAAAGAUUGUACCCAUUGAACACUUAUCGAAUCCCUCCAUAUUCGGAGGUGAAGAGGUGCUAUGGAUAGAAGGCACCCUAUUAUGGAUGCAGCCCAUCAUCGCCUAUCUUAAGGAACAAUCACUUCCAGCUUCCAGGAGUGAGGCAAGAAAGUUAAGAAGAAGGGUUGCACACUUCGUCCUACAAGAAGAUGUCAUCUAUAAAAGAGGCUUCACCUCGCCUCUUCUCCAAUGUAUUGGAGGCAAAGAGGCUAUGUAUAUACUCAGGGAAAUCCAUGAGGAAAUUUGUGAAAAUCACUCCGGGAGAAUGGCUCUAGCAGACAAAGUGCUUCGGCAAGGCUACUUUUGGCCGACCCUGAAAAAUGAUGCUUGCAAAUUUGUCCAGAAAUGUGAUAGGUACCAGCGCUUCUCUAAUAUUCAAAGGCAGCCUUCUCAGAGCCUCUUCGUAGUGACCAGCCCUUGGUCGUUCACCAAAUGGGGCAUCGACUUCAUUGGUCCACUCCCAUAA